GUAAAUGCAUGAGGUACCGAUCAGUCAAUGCAACAGCGUUCUUGACAACGAUUUUUGGUGAGAUUGUCGGCAGCAAAAGUGGUGGAAAAUGUACAACAUAAAACGAUGCUAAGACUUUAAGGUUUGUCAUAAGUAAGGUAAAAGCCCACAGUAGACAACGCCAUGAUGUCACUGGAGAGAAGUAUGAGUCCGGGUUCCAUGGCAACCAGUAGUAUCACAAGUAGUCAGAUUGACCGAGCCCGGCCACCUGGGUCACUGGAGGAGUGGUUGGAGAAACAAAAUAUGAAAUGGGAGGACUGGCCAAUUAUUGAGGACGAUGACGGCAAGUUUGAUGUGACAUCAGAGAAGAACCUUCUUGGAGAAAAGGGGGAUAUUUUGGACACGUUACGUGAUCAUGCACCUCUACCUAUGCACAUGUUGGAUAACUUAGAGUCUAAACUGGACCAUCUUCAAGAGCACUUAGACGUCUAUGCCAGCCAGAUAGUUACAUCAGAGGCUCCGUCCUACCGCUGGCAAAAUAAUCUAUUCCAUUCACCAAGCGCUGGGCUGGUGGUGUAUAAAGAAGUGAUGGAGAAGGCAUUAGAGUCCAAUGCAGUGAAGGCCAGUCAACGACAACGGAAAGACAAGACCAAGGAAAUGAGAGCUCUUAUCUUAGGCAGUAAAGCAAGAAGUGUGGAGACAACCACCUUCCCAGGGUUCAGUAGGAAAGAGUUGACGGAGUUACCGCAUGGGUUAGAAGCACCACAGAUACUGGACAGAAUCACCAAGGCACAGGACUUUAAUUCUGGUUUUAGUAAAUUCUGGAAGAAGUUGUUUCUAUCGGAAGCCUCGGUGGCUGUCAUGCAGGACGCUUUCUGGUGGUUCUUCAUCCAAGAAUAUGAGCCUAAACGUAAGGCAGAGCAGAACAAGGUAUUCAACAGGAUCGCUGAUAGCUUUGUAGCGCUCUUCACUAGCGUCAACCCAGACAUCAAAGAUAAAUUCUUUGCUGUGUACUCAGAUUGCCUGGCUCAGUCCAUAUUCGCUGGUUAUUGGGAAGCGUUCAUUGAUUCACACAAGACGUUUGAUGCAAAUUUCAAGCAGAAAGUAGCAACACUCUGCAGUGAAUGGGUGGCAGGUAUCAAGCCUGGUCCGGAUGCUUGGAGUCAUUGGGAUAUCAAGCGACUUCAACCGAAGAGCAUGAACAAAGAGAAGGAGGAAGAUAAGAAGAAAGUAGUGCUGAUGAAAGAGGGAAAGAUCAACAAAGAAGCUGAUUUCUCUGUCAGCGUUGAUGUUCCUGAUGAUGAUGAGCUAGUGUCGGAGGGGACCAACAUGGCUGGCCUAUCUCGUGAAGUCACUCUGAUGACCAAUAAGAGCCUUCGAUUCCAGCCGACGACCGCCGGCAUGACCGGUGCCCAGUCGGGUUUGAUGAACACGACUAGGAUGGUGCUACCUCCUGUACCGCCAAUGCAGGAAGAGUCUCAUCCUAUGGGUCCGGGACCAGACUUUGAGCGAGUACUGUUUAACAUCCAGGGCCGUAGUCCACUUAUCGCCCAUUAUCUCUACAUGAAGGAUCUGGCUGGCAAUGAACACAUUGGACGUAAUGUCCGCAGGACGGAGGUCGCCAAAAUGCCUCCUCCAGCUCUGACCUAUCGUGAAGUCAUCAAAGACACGCAGCGAAUGAAGAAAUCACUCAAUGCAGAAUAUCAAAAGAUCAAAGAGGAGCUAGCGCGUGAGAUGGCAGCCAUUGAGAAACAGAAGAGAGAACAGACGCGGGAGAUUGAGCAGCUGAAACAGAAGAUAUUACUCCGAAAUGUGGACGUCAAGAUACUGAGUGAAAAGAUCUUAGAUAUGAGGGGCAAGGAUGGAAUCAUGACAUUACUAAAGGAAGCAGCUGGAUAUGAGGAAAGACAAGUUUUGCCAAACAAGAGGACUGGUAGUGGCUACAGCUCAUCAUCAGAUGAAGAUGACGACGAUAAGUGAUGCCUUCCAUUGUAAAAUAUUGGACAUCCAGCCAAAAGGCUAUGGAGAUGAAGAUUAAACUCAGAUUACAAGUUGCAUCUUAGUCUUCCAUUGUAACAAGCGAGUGCACAAUAAACUCUGGCCCGGUUCCGGAAUGUCUCACUUCAUAUGCAAAUAGAUGCCCAUGCGCAUCGAUCGAGACAAAGGGGCAUGUUCCGAAAAGUUUCGCCAAGAGUGCAUUUACUGACGACGGCAUUGCAUUUGGUCAAUUUUUGGUCAAUUGGUAGUUAAAUUUUAUGGGAAACUUAGGGGGCCCGUUUUUGGUCAAUUUUCCGGGGACCGACCGACCACGAAGUGACAUGAAGAAGCUCCUGUCAGAGCUUAAAAAGAAACAGUCUAAAAUAAUGGCAAUGGACAGAUGGUUACUAAAACUCAUCAUCAUCUGAUAAACACUACGAAGGUGAAGAGAGACAUUCUGUUGAUGAUCAGCAUGCUAGUCUAAACUAGGACACUUAGAGGCAUGUAAUAACACCGCUCAAAAUCCAAGGAAGAAUUUUCAAAACCUAACCUGUUGAAGUUUUGGCUCGUUGGAUACUACACUUUGAGAAAACAGGGAAAAAUUAUGCACAACCUUUCGAUCACGAAACACGAUUUUGUCAUUAUAAGUCUUUAUUCCAAAAAUCAGUCAAUUGACUUAUCGUUGGAAAUCACCUACAUUUCUUGAUUUCUUCUUAUUGUCAGCAAGCCAGAAGGAAUAAUUUAACGGUAUUUAAUACCAGCCAAGUCUUCUCCAAUCUUUACUUUUGAAGAGGCAUGAUUUUAGUCAGAAAUGAUGAUUGAUACAGACUACAGACAAUAUGACCCAGAAAUCACUUCAGACAUUUUCACAUAUUUAUGUGUAUAUAAAAGAUGUACAUUUUUAUUGUAAAUUUUGUAUAGAGUGACGAAAGCAGUUUGUAUCAGCUAAAAUUAUAACAAGUUGUAAUUUAGAAAUUGAGGCUAAAUGUGUUGGUUUUUGGUGUUGAUUAAACGCACUUUGUGUUGAGAAAAUUUCCUGGAUUACCCCUCCAUUUUCUUGCCCUGAAUUGUUAUUAUUUGAUAAUAAA